AUCGGGCCAUUUAAUAGCUAUCGAUAGACAGACACGCGCGACCUUCCCGUGCAGUAAUCGUACAUAUAAUUCGCAACCAUAUUGAUUGUUUGUAUUUUUCAUAAUCCAUUUCAAAAUGGCUGGCGAAUAUUUGGUCAAUUUAACAGGAGGUGGACCAUGGGGUUUUAGAUUGCAAGGUGGAAAAGACUUUGGAACAGCUUUAGCCAUUGCUCGGGUAACACCAGGUGGAAAAGCGGACUUAAAAGGUAUACUUGAAGGUGAUAUUAUAGAUGAGAUCAAUAACAAGCCUGUGGAGCAUCUCGUUCACAUGGAUGCGCAAAAUUUAAUAAAAGCUUCCCGAGACACACUGCAACUAAGACUGAUUAGAAAAAUUGGAAAUACUGCAAAAUCCAUGGGAUCUAAGUCGCCAAUAGUCAUUACAAACAUGACCCAAUCUGCUAACGUCGAUCACAAAUUCAAUGCAAAACCUAGACCAUUUGGUGUUCCAAGCUCAUCUAGUUCUAUUGUACAAGUAAAACCUACAUCAAAACCAGCAAAAGAUCCAGAUAACUUCGAUGACUCGGAAGUUUUAAAGAUGCUGAAGACAUCGAAAAUAAAUGAUUCCGGUUUGGAACCUUCUUCAUCAAAUCCACCUGAAGAUGAUCUUCCUCCGCCUCCGCCAGAAGCUUUUCCUUCAGAAUAUGAUCUACCAGCUGGACAGUCGAGAUCCUUCAAAUUGCUUCAAAAGCAUAUCGACCAAGGGGAGCCCCCUGCAAGUGUUUUCUCCCAGACAGACGGCGACAAAAACCGUGUUGCUCCUAUCUUGCGUCCUUACGUAGUAACUUCAAAUUCUCGUAUUAGCAAACCAAUGAAUACGAAAGAGCCACCCCCCUGUCCUCCGGGUGUCAAGCCCAUGCAAGUGUUACCAGCAGAAGUCAAUUUCACGCUACCUUCACAGGCAUUUAGGGCAGCCUAUGCUGAACGACGACAGCAAACACCUGCAUCGCAAUUUUCUAAAUACCAAGGAAAGUCGACAUUGAUUGAGAAAUUGUUCUCUUGUCUCUGUACAGAAUCAUUGGGAUUCAUUUCCUGCACCGACAAGCGGACAUCUGCACCUAAUGCAAAAGUUUUUCAAACAAUAAACAAACACGUGCGACCUUCCCGUGUCAUAAUUGCACAUCAUAACCGCAAUCGCAUUAAUUGUUUAUACUUUUUCAUAAUCCAUUUCAAAAUGGCUGGCGAAUAUUUGGUCAAUUUAACAGGAGGUGGACCAUGGGGUUUUAGAUUGCAAGGUGGAAAAGACUUUGGAAAAGCUUUAACCAUUGCUCGGGUAACACCAGGUGGAAAAGCUGACUUAAAAGGUAUACUUGAAGGUGAUAUUAUAGAUGAGAUCAAUAACAAGCCUGUGGAGCAUCUCGUUCACAUGAAUGCGCAAAAUUUAAUAAAAGCUUCCCGAGACACACUGCAACUAAAACUGAUUAGAAAAACUGGAAAUAGCGCAAAAUCCAUCACGUCUAAAUCACCAAAAGUCAAUUCAAAUAUGAACGACUCUACAAGGACUGAUCAUAAAUUCAAUGCAAAACCAAGACCAUUUGGCGUUAAGAGUUCAAAAAUUACAACUGGAAAAGGGAAACCUGUAUCAGAAACAGCAAAAGAUCCGGAUAACUUCGAUGAUUCGAAAGUCUUAAAAAUGCUGAAGAUGUCAAAAAUAAACGAUUCCAGUUUGGCAACUUCAUCGAAUCCACCUAAAGAUGAUUUUCCUUCACCUCCACCAGAAGCCCAUAUUUACGAAGAUAAUAUGCCAACUGGACAGUCCAGAUCUUUCAAGCUGCUUCAAAAACAUAUCGACCAGGGGGACACUCUUCCAGUUGUAUUAUCACAAACAGAUAGCAAUAGAAAGCGUGUAGCUCCUCCCUUGCAUUCUUACUCGGGAUCAUCAAAUUCACGAGUUGGUAAAUCUCUCGUUCAAAAACCAAUGAAUACGAAAGAUCCACCUCCCUGUCCUCCUGGUGUCAAGCCCAUGCAGGUGUUACCAUCAGAAGUCAACUUUACACGGCCUUCAGAGGCAGCUAGGGCAGCCUAUGCCGAACGACGACUGCAAAGCAUACAACCCAUACGCCCAGAUCCCACACCAUCUUCUCCUGCGUCGCAUACCUAUCGUUCACCGGCUGUACCCGCCCCUACUUCUAGGCCUAAAGCCCCAAGCCCAUGGACACCGUUAAAUACAGGAUCCCCUCAUUGUCAUGGAUGCGGACAAGUUAUUACAGGCUCAUUCUUAAGCGCUCUCGGUAGAAGUUGGCAUAUUGAACAUUUUAACUGCGCGGGUUGCAGGAAAUCACUUCAGAAUGAGGGAUUUCUUGAAGAAUCAGAAAACCUCUAUUGUGAAUAUUGUUAUGACAUGAAAUUUGCACCUCACUGCGUCGUAUGCAACGAGACUAUUUUUGGGCCAUGUGUGAAAGCCAUUGGUAAAAUGUUUCAUCCUGAGCAUUUCAUCUGCGCCCACUGUGGUAAGCAAAUCGCAAACGAGAGUUUUCAUUUGGACGGAGGUAAACCAUACUGUGCUCGGGACUACAAAGAAUUGUUCUGUGUAAAAUGUUGCGCAUGUAAUCAGGUCAUUAGUGGUGGAGAUCGUUGGUUAGAAGCACUCGAUAAACCUUGGCAUGCUGACUGCUUUAGAUGCGCAGUGUGUGGUAGCAAUCUAGAAUAUACGGGAUUCUACAGUAUGGGUACGCAAGCCGUUUGCCCACUACACGCCUGAGGCGGAGGCACGAAUUAUUUUAUUGAAUGUAAUAAGUGCACAUGUAGUUUGUCAGCUCAAAAUGUUUAUAGAUUUUUGAAGAAAUUGUGUAA